AUGUUAGAGAUAGGCGGCGAAAGAAUGAAAUUAGAGGCAGGAAAUGCAGCUCAGGAGGUGACUGCAACAGUCCAGGACAUUCGCCUGCCCGCGGUCGGCUGGGCCCUCGGCUUCCUGCGGCUGAACCCCUGCUUUCUGGCGGCGGCGGCCCGCGGGGCUCGGGGCGGGGGACGGGCGGCCCCGGCGGCUCCUCCACCGCCUCCCGGCCCAGGCGGCGGCUCCCCAGGCCGGCGGCCCCGCCCUCCCGCGUGCCCUCCAGCGCCGCCCGCCGGGCCGCCGGGGCGGGAGCGCAGCCAGGCCCAGGGCGCGGCCCCGCCGCGGACACGCGCACGGGGGAGGCCGUGUGGGGACGGCCGCCUCCAGAGCGGCUGUCAUGGCGGCCGGCGCGAGGUGGCAGGAGGGGCGCUGGCACCGCGGACGUCACUGGGGCAGCGGGAGAAGGGGCCCGACCCCGCGGUGGGAAGUCAUCGGGGAACCCUCGGCGUGUUUGGACUCUUCGCCUCGCGCAGGCGCCGGUGCCCGACACUUGGCGGGACUGGCCGACUGGGCUGGAAGCUUUGCGCCGAGCGGACCAGGUCAGCUCUGCGACCCGCGGCGAUGGCCUCCUGGUUUGGUGGCCUAGGCUCUGGCUUAGGCCAUUCCCUGGGGCAAGUGGGCGGCAGUGUGGCUUCCCUCACUGGACACAUCUCUAACUUCACCAAAGAUGUGCUGAGGAAGGGAAGGGAGAAGGCGGAAGAGUCACCGGACUCUGGGAGGACGGAGAUGGAGGACGUUCAGGCAAUUGUAGCGUCAGAGGAGAGACUGAGAACCCAAGCUUUGAGAAAAGCUGAAAUUGUGCAGCAGACCGUGGAGGAAAAAGACACACGGCUUGCCUCCAUGAGAGAAGAAAACAGUCAUCUGAAAGAAGCCCUGGAACGACUGAGAGAACAGACUGGAACUGCACCUGUGGUUGACCCUAAAACCCUGGACAGGGUGACACGACUAGAAUCUGAGGUCUCUCAGCUGAUGGUGAUAAAAGGUCAUCUGGAGGAGGAAGUAAAACAUCAUCAAAAGAUGAGUGAAGAGCAAAACCAGAGGAAGACACAGCUCCUUCGAACUUUACAAGAGCAGAAACAGGAAAUGGAUGAACUUAAAUACCAGCAUGAGCAAAUGCAUAUGAAACACACUCAGCUCUUUUCAGCCAAAGAUGAGGAAAUUAAGAAUUUGCAAAACACGAUAAAACAAAUCAAAACCCACUUGCCUGAAAAAACCCAGCACAUGCAGAUAAAACAUUCAGAGAUUUGUCAAGUGGCAAAAGGUCAGAGUCUUAGUGUGCAAAACGGAAGUGAAAAGCAUGAUUUACGUAAAGUUGAAACUGAAAGAUUAGGAAAAGGAAGAAAAGAACAGGAAUGGGAGAUGAAACUUCGAACUGAAAAGACUAUCCCUUUGACGGAGCAGAUUGACCAGCCCUACAAAGAUGAAAUUGGUCAACUAACUCAGAUUAUCCAGCAAAAAGAGUUGGAGGUACAGGGUCUUCACGCUAGAAUAGCUUCAGAUGAGAAGGUGAGGGAAAACAGCAACCUAAAAAGAGAGUAUCACAAAAUGAUGGACAUACUGGUUGCCAAAGAAGCAGACCUCGUGAAGCUGCAAGAUGAAAAUACAAAACGGUCCACAAGAUUUGAAAGCAGUGGUCAGGAUAUGUUUAGAGAAACUGUUCAGAACCUCUCACACAUCAUUCGAGCAAAAGACAUGGAAAUCGCUGCCUUGAAUCAGAAAUGUCAGACUUUAUGGACAAUCUUGCAGACAUCCAGCACUGGCGGUGAGGUUGGAGGGGUUACUGUGAAUCAGUUGGAGGAGCUUCUGCAGGAACGUGACACGUUACAGCAGCAGGUCUCCCUAAUGGAAGGCUGGACACAUCAGGUGAUGACCGCGGUGCGCAACAUGCAGCGAGAGUCAGCCCAGCUCCAGAAAGAACUUCCACAGCUUCAGGCUCGGGUCUUGAUGGACGGUGAUAAUAAGUCUCAACUACGGAUGACCUCUACUGACCGGAUCCAAAAUUAUAAAGAGGAGGAAAUCCAAGUCAUACAUCUGGCAAAGAAAUUAGCACGAAUGCAGCUCAGCCUAGAGCAGCUGUGCAAUGCCAGGGACGUUCUUUUAGGUCCACUUGACCUUACUGCACCACAGCCUCCCACCACAUCAUCGCUCACUUCAGAGUCAGCCAACUCUCUGAAGGCAGCUAGAUCUGAUGCAGUGAGUGAGUCUUGUAAAGCGCUCCCAGAAGAGAUAGAAGAGUUAAGGAGAUCCACGGAGGAAAAAGAGGCAACCAUUCGAAGCCUCCAGGAGGAGAAUCAGAGACUGUCUGCUGCGAUUGCUGCCACCUCCGAACUAGACAGAAAACAACGUGAAGAAACAGAUUCUGAAAUCCAGCAGCUCAGGGAGAAACAAGAUGUUUUACAAAACUUCCUUCAGGAAAAAGAGCUCUUAGUCAACGCAAAAAGUGAGGAAUUACUUUCUUUGAGUGAAAAUUACACAACUGAAGUGAAGGAAAAUGAACUUUUGAGGCAGGCAGUAACAAACCUGAAGGAGAGAAUAUCACGUUUUGAAGUGGAUUUGCAUAAAGUAAAACAAGAAAAUGAAAAAAUACUAGAAAGGUCCAGGGAAAAGGAAACAGAAAACCAGGCAUUACAAGAGACAAAUAUGCGGCUUUCUAUGAUGCUGAGAGAGAAAGAGUUCGAAUCUGCUGCAGUGAAGAAGAAGGCUCUUGCUUUGGAGCGACUCCUGAAAGAAAAAGAGCAGGGCCAGGCUGGGGAGUUAAACCAGCUUUUACAUGCAGUUACGUCCAUGCAGGAAAAGACAGUUCUGUUUCAGCAGGAGAGAGAUGAAGUCGUGUUGGCACUGAAACAGCAACAAAUGGAAAACUGUGCCCUACAGAAUGAGGUUCACCAUUUACGUGACAAUGAAUUACACUUACACCAGGAGCUAGAGAGAUCUCAUAACCAGGCUUUAGAGUCAGAAGAUGCUCAUCUCCGUGAAGUGCUGGUUGCAGAAGACAGAGCAGCUCAACUAAGAAAGAGAGUCACAACACUAGAGGAAAAGCUACUUUUAUCUUCCCAGGCAACGCAAAAGGCAAGCCAUCAAGCCAGGGUACAGGCAGAGUCAUUGCAGGAACAACUGAAUGUUGUCACCAAGCAGAAAGAUGAAACCGCAUUACAGCUUUCUGUCUCCCAGGAACAAGAAAAGCAGUAUGCUCGAGCACUAGCCAACCUGAAGAUGGCACUAGCCGAAUGGAUGGAAAAGGCAGACCAUCUAGAAGGAAAACUGAUGACAUUGCAGGGAAGACUAGAGAAAGCAAAUGCCGUCUUGGAUCUGAAGGAGGAACAAAUUGGAGAAUUUAAAAAGCAAAAUGAGGUCCAACAGGAAAUGUUGGAUGAGGUGCAAAAGAAAUGGAUGAACUUAGUAAGUAGCAUGGAAGGAAAAGUAGAGAAAGUCCUAGUGAGAAAGCUCUUCCUGGACUAUUUUCAAACACCCAAACAUGAACGUCAGGAAGUGUUACGAUUAAUAGGAAGCACUCUGGGAAUGAAAAGGGAAGAAAUGGAGCGGCUCAUCCAGGAAGAGCAAGGCGGCCUUACCAGAUGGAUGACUGGGUGGCUUGGAUCAAGAAGUGUCCCCAGCACACCUCUGACCCCAAAUCAGCAAUCUGAGCUCAAUGGUUCUUUUUCAGAACUUUUUGUUAAAUUUCUAGAAACCGAGUCUCAUGUAGCUUUUCCACCACAAAAGCUCUCUGCUCAGGAUAGGAAGCAUCUAGAUGCACCCAGAAGGGAGAAAUUGGCGAAAAAUGUACCAGCUCGUCUUAACACCACCCUCGGAUCCACACCCAGAAAAUCAGAUGUGACUGCCUGCUCCACAGCUGUGUCUCUUAUUGACCCACCCGGCCCUGGGACUGGGGGGUCUGGGCAUCUUCUUUUAAACACUGUUACUGAUGUUGUGCCCACGUGUACACCUUUGCUCCUGUCACCUGCCAAGAGUGCUGCAGUUGCCCAGAAAGACCUUUCAUAGCAGUAGAGCAUCCCCAAACCCGAGACAAGACAGCGCUUUAGAGAAACCGGGUCACUUUGUGUGUGACCUUAUCACAAAGUGGCCAGCUGGGAAAAGUCAUAGAUUUGUUUUUAGUUUCACUUUAGCUUUAAUAGGAAUAGUCUUCAUACUUAAAAAAAAAAGUGUCCUUUAAGGUCUUCACCCCACUUAAAGCAGAGGUUACUUCUAGGGAGAGUGGGCCUUGGUGGGACUGGAGGC